AUGGCUCCUGAAGGCUACAAACCCGUCUUCGCCUUCAGAUUCUGCCCGCCUGCAGGGAUUUUGUUCCAGCUUGCCGUCUACAUUUUCGACAUGGCGAACGACAUGGUCCAGAUCGUCACCUUUGUACUGCAUCGAGAUUUCUGGUUCGCAGGCUUCAUGUGCAUCUUCGUGGUCUUCAGCUUUUUGUUCACGGUCGUGUGGAUGCAGAAGGUGAGCGCCUUGCAGCGCUUCGACCCCCUGACCGAGGCCCGGCUCUGCUUGGCCCGGGGGGUGACGACCACGGCUUGGGAGGGGAUGCUCGCGAUGGAACGGGUCAUCGAAGCCCCGAGCACCGGGCUGAUCGGCCCAUACGGCGCCUCCCUACUUCAGCUCACGCCGCUGCAGGCAGCCAGCUGCCUCUAUGGGCUCUACUCGUCAGCCAAGGCCAUGGCCGAGGGCCGGCUGCAGGAGGAGGUACGCCAGGGCGCGGAGGCAGGUGCAGCGGCCUUGAGGGCCGUCAGACCUGUGAAGGCGGCCAUGCUCACCGCCUGGUACUUCGGCGCCUUUGCCGCAGAGCUGGCUGGCUUCGCCGUGGCGAGCGCCACCCUUCACCCGGUCCUCACCAUGCCGGCGUACCUCCUCGGCGCAGUGGCGAACGCCGCAGCCGCGUGGUGGGGCGGAUCGGCGAAGUUUCGCGAGGCUGUUGCCGGCUCUUGCCUCAUGGUUGCCUUUGCCAUGGCAGGCUUGCAGACCAAAAGCUUCCUCAAGAAUGACGAGGCAAGAGCACCUGGAGGCCCCGGCUCCAUCCCAGCGAUUGGGAUUUUGAUCCGCUUCAUCUCCUGGACGGCCUUAUGCCUCGUGGACCUUCCCCACGGCCUUCUUCCCCUGGGCUCGCUAGGACGGCCCAUGGGCCUCCCGGUGCUCCGGGAAAAAUUCCUGGAGCCGGCCGCAGCUUCUUGGGAAGCUGUAGCCUGUUUCACUUCCAAUUUCUGGAUCUCUGUCGAACCGGAGGCCAAUGCGACCUCCAUGUCUUUGACCGAAGAGGUGGGGUUUGGCGACUGCGGCUGGCCGACAAGCGGCCAGCUGAGCAGUGCCUCCACCAUUUUCAACAGCUGCUUGUUGUUAUUCGUGGUGGUUCUUCUCCCACUCCAUAUGUGUAUCGUUGUCGGAAUGCUGCUGUUUAAUCCCAUCUAUGCCUGUGGAGCCGAGAACCCCAGCCUAAAAGAGGAGGUUGAAGCCAAGCAACGUGAAAUCGAAGAUUUCGCGGAGCGGAACGAGCAAGCUGCGGGACAGCACGAGCAGCUGAGCCUGCUUCCGAAUUAG